GGGCAUGACAAUCCAUCAUGGAGGGUCUCAAAGUGUACGCGGUGCUACUCAGUGUCGUCGCCGCAGCUCUGGCGUGUGACUUGAGGGAAUCAGCAGAAGACAUAGCAAGGAAAACAGCCGUCGAAAAAUACAUUAAUGAUACUAGACCUACAGUACUUGCUAAUCAAAAGUACAGGUUGCAGUACCAUGUCGCACCCCCUGUCGGCUGGAUGAACGAUCCUAAUGGAUUCUCCUACUUCAAAGACAAUUAUCAUCUGUUCUACCAGUUUUACCCCUUUGAUACUUCUACAGGUCGUAUACACUGGGGACAUGUGAUAAGUAAAGAUCUAGUUACGUGGGAACAACUGCCGGUUGCCUUGGUGCCGGAAGAAGAACAGUGUUUCUCAGGCAGUGCCAUUGAAAAGGAAGGUACGUUAGUCCUUAUGUACACUGCACACAAAAAUAUUUCAGGAGUUGUCAACGAAUCACAAUAUCUCGCAUUCAGCAACGACGGAGUUGUAUUUAACAAAUACGUUAAAAACCCCGUUAUUUCGUUCACACCCGACAACUCUCCUGAUUUUCGGGAUCCCAAAGUAUGGAAGUAUGGUGAAUAUUACUACGUAGUUACGGGUAGCCAAACUUCCGAUAAGAAAGGCAGGGUUAUCCUAUAUAGGUCGAAGGACCUCGGAUUUUGGGAAUAUGUAAGCGAAAUUGGCAAAUCCAACGGCGAUUUGGGUUUAAUGUGGGAGUGUCCUGACUUUUUCGAAUUGAAUGGUAGCUUUGUCUUACUUAUGUCUCCACAAGGUAUUGAAAACAAGACUACUGACAGGUAUCAGAAUCAGUUCCAGACAGGGUACAUUAUUGGAAGCUUCGAUCAUUCAUCUGGUAAAUUUCAAGAACGAGUACCUUUUCAAGAAAUUGACUAUGGUCAUGACUUUUACGCCACCCAAACGAUGGAACAUGAGGGCCACAGGUAUUUAAUUGCAUGGAUGGGGACUUGGAAUGCGGAUUACCCUGAGCGGGCACAUGGGUGGGCGGGAGCUAUGACCAUAAUUAGAGAGCUGACAUUAAAAGGAAACCGUAUCCUGAUGAAUCCAAUUGACGCGAUCACAAAUCUCCGAGGGUCAAAGGCUCAUAAUGGAACUCUGGAACCCGAAGGCAUAAUUGCAUUGAACAAAACGGGAGAGCUAAUUCUGAAUGUUAAUUUGACUCAAGAUCUCACUUUGAACAUUAAAGGAGAAGCCGACGAGUCUCUGGUAGUUCUGAAGUGGGAUACUGCUACGCAGAAGGUUGUGCUGGAUAGGAAAGGCGUGGUCAGGCAAGGCGAGUGGAUACCGACAUCAUCAUCGACGGCCUGGCGAAUCUUUUUGGACGCUAGUUCUAUAGAGGUGUUCUGUGGUGAAGGUGAAAUGGUGUUCAGUUCAAGAGUUUAUCCGGUGGUGUUCCUGUGUCUGAUCGCCAUAGUGCUCUCAAAGACGGUUAGACACAAUGACGCGAUAUCGGAGUUAGAAGCGUACAUUGAAGAGAAGAAGGCUGAAAUCAACCCAAGAUACCGACUGCAGUACCACGUGGCGCCUCCAGUGGGGUGGAUGAACGACCCAAAUGGAUUUUCAUACUACAAAGGAGAAUAUCAUCUGUUCUACCAAUUUUAUCCGUACGACAGCCAGUGGGGCCCCAUGCACUGGGGUCACGUGGCGAGCCCUAACCUUGUAGACUGGAGACAACUCCCAACAGCGUUGAUUCCCGAAGAUGAAAUGUGCUUCUCAGGCAGUGCCAUCGUGAAAGAUGACGAGCUAGUUCUUAUGUAUACGGGGCGCUUAGUAACCGCGGAAGAGCCUUAUUUCAAUGAAACUCAGUUUUUGGCAUUCAGUGAUGAUGGAGUGAAAUUCCACAAAUAUGAAGGUAACCCAGUGUUGGGUUCAGCACCAAACGGAUCCCCAGACUUUAGGGACCCAAAAGUAUGGAAGCACGGUGAUCACUGGUACGUUGUGAUUGGAAGCAAGACAUCAGAUGAAAAAGGCAGGGUCCUGCUUUACAGAUCGCUGGAUAUGUACAACUGGGAAUUCUUGAGUGUCAUAGGAGAGUCUACAGGCGAAAUGGGUUAUAUGUGGGAGUGCCCUGAUUUCUUCGAGCUUAAAGGAAAACAUAUUCUGUUGUUUUCCCCGCAAGGCAUGGUUCCGCAAGGAGACAGGUACAAGAAUACUCACCAAACAGGUUAUAUCAUCGGCAGUUUCAACUACGAAACUUUUGAAUUUAUUCCUGAAGUUAGUUUUCAAGAAAUUGACUUUGGCCAUGACUUUUACGCCACCCAAACUACGGAGCAUGAUGGCAAGAGGUACCUGAUCGCAUGGUUUGGAAUGUGGGAGGUUCCCUAUCCAGAAGACGUCGAUGGCUGGGCAGGAGCCAUGACGAUCUUCAGAGAACUCAAGUUAGUUGGAAACCGCCUUUUAAUGAAGCCUGUAGAAACAAUGACCAGUUUGAGAGAAGAUACCGUUUUCGAAGGGAAGCUGGCAGAAAACGUAGCAAUCCAGUUUGAUAAAACGGGAGAACUUCUUGUCAAUGGUGAUUUGAGCCAGAAAAUUGACUUAGAAAUUAAAGGAAGCGACGGUGGCGGCCAAGUAUCUCUUCGAUGGGAUCCUGAGGUUCGUAAGGUCGUAGUGGAUAGAGAAGGAGACAUCAGGCAGGUGGAGUGGCUUCCUCUGGGCUCCGAACAGUGGAGGAUAUUUUUGGAUGCGUCAUCUCUGGAGCUGUUCUGUGGAGAGGGCGAGGUAGUAUUCAGUUCCCGAGUAUAUCCUGAUGGAGAAUGGAAAGUUACCAACCUUAGUCCUCAAACUUUAGAUGUCGUAGCUUAUAAAUUAAGAAGAAGUGUUCCUGAAUAA